AUGUCUUUUACAAGAAUGAAUUGUAUUUCCGGGUUCUUGCUCUUGGUCCUAACUCUCUCAUGUGAAGCUAGGGUUCCAAGAGAUGAGAAUAAUGCAGAGUUUAUAACAGUUAAGGAUGCCCAUUUUGAACUCAAUGGAUCCCCUUUUCUAUUCAAUGGUUUCAACUCCUAUUGGUUGAUGCAUGUUGCUGCUGAGCCUAAUGAGAGGCAUAAAGUCACCGAUGUUCUUAAAGAUGCAUCUGCUGCUGGCCUUUCUGUUUGUCGCACGUGGGCUUUCAGUGAUGGAGGUUACGGAGCAUUACAAAUUUCACCGGGCGUUUACGAUGAACGUGUUUUUCAGGGUUUGGAUUUUGUGAUCUCGGAAGCUAAAAAAUACGGUGUUCGCUUAAUCUUGAGUUUUGUAAACCAAUGGAAUGACUUUGGAGGAAAAGCUCAAUAUGUUCAGUGGGCGCGAAAUGCAGGAGCUUAUAUUAAUGGGGACGAUGAUUUCUAUACAAAUCCAAUGCUAAAAAGUUAUUACAAGAACCAUAUUGAGAAAAUCGUCACAAGGGUCAAUACCAUUACUAGAGUUGCUUACAGAGAUGAUCCAACAAUUAUGGCAUGGGAACUCAUGAAUGAGCCACGUGACCAAGCUGACUAUUCCGGGAAAACUGUAAAUGCUUGGGUUCAAGAAAUGGCAAGUUUUGUGAAGUCAUUAGACAACAAACACUUAUUGGAGGUUGGAAUGGAGGGAUUUUAUGGUGAUUCAAUUCCAGAAAGGAAGCAAGUUAAUCCUGGUUAUCAAGUCGGAACAGAUUUCAUAAGUAAUCAUCUUAUUAAUGAGAUUGAUUUUGCCACUAUCCAUGCAUACACUGACCAAUGGGUAUCUGGACAAAGCGAUGAGGCACAAUUGGUAUGGAUGGAAAGAUGGAUAACAAGCCAUUGGCAAGAUGCAAGAACCAUACUAAAGAAACCUCUUGUGCUUGCUGAAUUUGGAAAGUCUAGCAGAGGUCAAGGAUCAAGAGACAUAUUCAUGAGCAGUGUAUAUAGAAAUGUCUAUAAUUUGGCAAAAGAAGGGGGAACCAUGGCAGGAAGCUUAGUAUGGCAACUCAUGGCACAAGGGAUGGAGAAUUAUGACGAUGGUUAUUGCAUUGUUUUGGGACAAAACCCUUCAACUGCAGGAAUUAUUUCAGGUCAAUCUCAUGCCAUGACGACUUUGUCUCAUUUGGUUCAGUGA